CUUCCUUUGCAGCUAUAAAGUAACACUAUUUUACUAGAUAUUGCGCUUUAAUAUUGCUCAGCCGCCAUAGGACGCUAGUUGGUGCAUCGAUCACAGUCGCAGCGUUGCCCCUGUACUCCGCUUGUGUCUUGAACCAAAACCGUUGCCAAAAUGGCCCUGGCGCUUCUAAGCCGACGCCAGGGCCGCCUUCUUUCGCGUGCAUUAAGUAUGGCUGAAACGUGCAUCGGGGGCCAUCAGCCUGCCAGGACGGGAGCUGUUGAGGAUGCCGAAAUUGGCCCUGAUAUGUGCUCCACUUCGCAGCAGCAACCCUCACAAGUAGGAGGCAGCUGGCCGCGGGGGUUGCAAGCGCGUUUUUUUGCCGUCAACAAUGAGCCAACCAUACGGUACGUGCCCGUGCCGGAGCCCGAGCACGACGACUUCAGCACAGAGCCGACAGCCUACACGCAGCUGCUUUCAGCCAUCCGGGCCGCCAAAACACUCAAGCGCCUGCAGCACCUAGUUUCGACGUACUCGGACCGCUUCGAUGCAGUGCACAUUGCCGCGGCGGUGGCUCGCCUGCCCCGCCUCAUCAAGUACCGCCCAGACGACCUGGUCGACCGCAGCGACGUGGUUGUCACGCCAGUAGGCGGCCUGCCCCGUGUCCGCCGGAAGCACGGCGCGCAGCCUAAGGCGAGCCACCUCGAGGACGGUGCCCGGCUCGCAGCGCAGCUGGACAACAUGCUGCCAGCGCACGUGAAGCACUUCUUCCCGCGCCAGGCUGCAUGCACCAUCUGGAGCUUUGGCGAGCUGCGGCGCCGCGGCAUCGUGGACGCCAUGUCCUCGCUGCCGGACGUGAUGCUGGCGGUCAGCAAAGGCGACAUGGAGCCUCUGCGCGUGCACGGCCACGGCGUGGACUUUGCGCAGCUGCUGCAGGGGCUGGCCAAGCUGGGGCACAACGACCCGGACUUCAUGGCCCGGCUGCUGCCGCUGCUCAAGGAGCGGCUGGGCUCGCUGCAGCAGCGAGAGCUGCAGAUGGCGGCGUGGGCGCUGGCCAGCCUGGGGUACGGCAGCCAGAAGAUCAUGCUAAGCAUCGCGGAGCAGCUGCUGCAGACCAGCACGGCGUUCCUGCUGCCCUCGGGCUGCUCGUCGGUGUUCUGGGCGUACGCCAAGGCGGAUGUGGAGGCGCCCCAGCUGUUUGACAGCCUAGCAGCCAGCAUCAUUGGCCAGGCGCUGCUGAUCGCGCCGCAGGAUGUGGCGACGACGCUGUGGGCGUGCGGCCGCCUGGGCUACCGCAACCAUGAGCUGGUGGCGGUGCUGGGCGAUGCAAUGCUGCGCUCCCUAGCGAGCGCGAGCGACUUGGAGGUGUCGUCAGCGGUUGAGGCGCUGGCCGUGUUGGGGUAUGAGCACAAGCCGCUGCUGGACGCGGUUACGGAGGGCAUCUUGGCGGAGCCGCUGAUUGGCGCCGAGCCGGUCUGCAUUGCGCGCGUGUUGUUUGCGUACGGCAAGCUGGGGCGGCGUGGAGAGCGUGAUGUGGAGCUGGCGUCUGCACUGGCGGCGGCGCUGGUGCGGCGGCUGCCGAUUGUGCGCGAGGACACGUUGUCGCUGGCGUGCCGAGGGCUAAUCAUGUUUGGGUACAAGGACCAGGAGGUUCUUGCUGCCUACACCGCGCGCGCGGAGCAGCUGCUCCCCAGAUGCAACGACCUGCAGCUGCUGGCGGUGCUGCGCCUGCUCGGCGGCGCCGGACACGCACACUACCAGCUCGCCGUGGCGUCAGCGCGGCACCUGCAAACCAUCAUCAUCCCGGGCGGCAGGUUCCGCAGCGCGUCGACCGCGGUGGAGGUGCUGUACCACUGCGCGCGCCAGGGCGUGGAGGACCCCGCGGCAGCCGAGGAGCUGCUCAAGUUCGCUGGGUCGCACGUCGAGGAGCUGCGGCCUGUGGACGCCGCGAGGCUGCUGGUCAUUGGACAGGUGAUGAACAAGCAGGAUGCGCUGCUGACGAGCAUGGAGGAGGUGGUGCUGCGCAACACGGAGGAGCUAAACAAGAGCUCGGCGGAGGCUGCCCUGCGCAGCGCACAAGCGCUGGGACGAAGCGAGCUCGUCGCAGCGCUGUCCUCACGCUUGGCCGCGAUUGAGACCGAGGCUGGCGCGGCCUGAUGUUGACGUGCCUCGGGGUUGGGGGCACUCGUGAAAAUGAUGUGGUACUGUAAUGCUUUAAUGG